AUGCACUUUCCACUGCCGAAGCCCAUCCACGGGCAGAUCGCACAAGUGUAUUCCCAAAUCAGCAAUCCGGCUGCAACCUCACUCCUCACCAUCCCGGCCGAACUCCGCAACCAGAUUUACGAAUACGUACUGGUCGACGAUAGGCCUAUUGUGAUUGUGGACAACGCAGACGACUCAUCAAUCAAAACCAGCAGCUUCGCGGGUAACUCAGCCAUCCUUCAGACUUGCCGUCAAAUUUACCAUGAAGCAAUCGGCGUUCUCUAUGGUCAAAAUGUGUUCCAAUUUGACUACAAGAUACUGCAUCUUCAACACGGGAAGAUCCUCACUCCGAUAGACGCAUAUCGGAAAUGGACGCGAGAUAUCGGAUCGAGUCUCUCAAACCUGCGUACUGUCACCAUCCGUAUGGACAUGCCAGAUAUACCAGAUGUUUAUGACGAUCUUGAUUUCUGGGAUCACUUUUACCGGUGCUCUCUGAACAACAUCAAGAUCACGCCAUUGCUCGACGUCUUCUGGGGUGGAGUUGCAUGCGAUCUGUCCGUUCGUUUCGAGAGUAUUAGGAAUCGCAAUCAUGCCUUUUCCUCCUCCUACCCAUCCCGGUUUAACCUCAAGCUUCUCACCAAAGUCAUAUAUGAGCUGGGAAAUAUGGACAAGCUGAGGUUGAUGAAAGCACGCCGUUUAAUAAGCGACAUCGAAGUGGCUCCGCACGGCAAGCAAGGUUUCAUCGACUUUCGAUCGAGUAAUGGUAAGGCCGGUGUCAGACGGGGAUUCCAGUUCUCGAAGAACACCCAGAGAUACGUACUCAAGCCGAGCCAUCCUAAACUUCUCGAUCUGCCUUCCAAAAUCUUGGAACGCAUUGCUAGGUCUGUGUACAGUAACCAUGAGGUCACAUACGACUUCAGCACGGGUAUCUCGCAUGGGCUCGGUUUCAGUAUGCUCGACAUCAACUCCCACCUCCGUAAGAUGAUGCUUAUGGACUUUCAUCACUUUCAUCAACAACGCCGUUUUGUUAUCAUCCUAGGCUCAGCCACUCUCUCAUCUUCCGAGGCCAUGUUUGAGAAACUUGAGCGCCGCACUGCAGACUAUUACGCCCCCCCAUACAUGGGCAGACUGCAGCGCUGUACACCAAUCUCAGCAUCUCAGGUAUAUAAAAUUGCGCCAACUAUCGUUCUACGAUUCCAGACAGACAAGCCGCUACACCUGGCUAAAGUUCGUAUCAACGCAAGGGAUCUGCUGCGGGCUACCUGCGUCUUCCCAGCCUAUACUACGAUCAUCGUUCGCGUAUGCGGCCUUGGUGAGACCCAGGACCAUACUACAAAAUUGGGCGAGAUCCGGAAGCAUGUCUUGGUUCUGAUGGAGCACUCGCUGAGGGUCACACUGGCGGUUCGCGAUCCUAUGGUAGAGGUUGAGCUCAACCACGACUGUCUCCCCGCGCGGGUCACCUCCUGGGGAAAUCGAGGGUUCCUCAGUGAUAUUCGGAAUAACGACAAGACGGCGGAAACAGUGGAUAUUGCUUGGCUACAAGAGAUGGUGAGGGCGAGGACGUGGAGACCGGAAAGGGACAUGAAUGGGUUCGUGAGCUAUGGCAUGCCAGAAGGCUGGAGUGGCGAGACGCGAUACAGCCUUAUCAAGUGUCUCAAGAACCUUUGUUCCUGA